AUGGCUCAAUUAGCGCCGCAGACGAUCCAUCGGGAUCCUCAGCUCUUCUACUGGAUCCUGCUGCCUAUUACGGCUGUCAUGAUCCUGACCGGCGUUCUGCGACACUACGCCACCGUCCUCAUGGCGACGACGCCUAAGAAGCUCGAACAGAAGGCCAUGCGGGAGCAGCGGUCUCUGCUGCACGGCGUGGCCGUGCGCGGAAACUUCCACGUGCUGUCGGAGCCGUCGUUCCGCACGCGCCGUGACUACCUGAUCAACGCCUACGAGAGCGGCGCGUUCCUCAAGGACCCGGACCGCCGGGGCCAGCCGCCGCCGAACCCGAUGACCGACCCGGGCGCGAUGGACGGCAUGAUGGGCAUGAUGAAGAACAACAUGGCCAUGAUGAUCCCCAACACCCUCAUCAUGAGCUGGAUCAACGCCUUCUUCAGCGGCUUCGUCAUCAUCAAGCUCCCCUUCCCCAUCACCAUCAAGUUCAAGAGCAUGCUGCAGGCCGGCGUCGCCACCAAGGAGAUGGACCCCCGCUGGAUGUCCAGCAUCAGCUGGUACUUCCUGUGCUACUUCGGCCUGCAGUUCGUCUUCAACUUCCUGCUCGGCAGCGAUAACGCCGCGAGCCAGAUGGCGCAGCAGAUGGCGGGCAUGGGACCGCAGGCACCCGCCAUGUUCGGGCCCGGCGUCGAUCCCGACAAGCAGUUCAAGACGGAGGCCGAGAAUCUCGCCGUGGUCGAGCAUUACUCGGUGCUGGACGGUGUGGAAGAUCGAUUGCUCCAGGGUAUCAGGUCUAAGUAG